CCAACUAACAGCCUGAGCCCUGCGCCCCCUAACGGCAGAGACACCAACAGACACCAAACUGAUGACGUGGUUCGGUCCGUUGACCAGAGCAGCAGUAUGGCCGACCAGAGCAGGCAAAUAAAACUCGCUGCAGCUAAGAAAAAGCUGAAGGAGUUUCAGCAGAAGAGCUCCCCUGCUAGUGUGGGAGGAGAAAAGGGUGGUGGAGGAGGAGGUGGUGGAGCAGGGGCCAAGAAGAAGAGGAAGGUGAAGGGACAGAGCCAACAUGAUGCACCUUCAACAGACAGGAACUCGCCAGACAAUUUUGACAGUAUUCUUAAAGCACUUAGUCAAAGCAAUGGAGUAGUCCUACCUCCUUAUGGCAACAGUCAGACCUUUGCUGACGUGGAAGCCAUGGGGUCUUCAGUUCCCCAGCUGCUGGAGGACCCAAAGGGCGAGCCUGGUCGCGGCUCACCUGUGUCUAACCCCGCUAGCGCUAACACUACUACUAACCCUGAGUCUGUCGGUCACAACAAUGACCUGCAGGACUUUCCUGAUACCAACGGCAAUGAGAGUUUAACAGAGGAAAAUAGACCACUGUCUUCCACAGAGAGCCUGCGGCAGCUCUCACAGCAGUUGAAUGGCCUGGUCUCUGAGUCAUCUGCUGCGUAUGUGAAUGGGGACAGUGCACCUUCUGGCAGUGAGAGAGAACUGGAGAUUCGGAACCAGGAGCUGGCAGCCGCCCUGGAGUCCAGCAACCUAACAAACUCUCAGCUCAAUACCAAGCUAAACCAGCUGGCACAGCAAUCUCAGGGGCUCUCAGAUCAGCUUCAAAAGGAGCGAAAAGAAUUUGAACAGAGAUUUUCGAAAGAGCACGGAGCCAUGCGGGAGCAAUUACAGGUUCACAUCCAGACCAUUGGUAUACUGGUAUCAGAGAAAUCAGAGCUACAAACAGCACUACAAUACACACAACAGGCUGCACGGCAGAAAACAGCUGAGGCCGACGAGUUGAAUAACCGUCUGCAGGCAACAAAGCAGAGAGUGUCAGAGCUGGAGAGAACUCUCUCCUCUGUCUCAACACAGCAGAAACAGUUUGAAAAGCACAACAAAGAUUUUGAAAAGGAGAGAGACAACCUGAGGCUAGAGUUGUUCAGACUAAACAAUUUGAGUGAGGAGUCGAAGCAGCAGAGCUCUGAGCUGUCAGAGCAGUUAAAGUUGAGUACACAGGAGAAUGGAGCAAUGAGGCUGGAGGUGGAAGAUCUUCGCAAGAGGCUCGAGAUAGCUGACCUCAUGUUGCAACAGUGCUCCAGUCAGUCAGAUCCCACCAGUGCCAACCAGCAGGUCCAGUUACUGCUGGAAGAGAAGCAGCAGCUGGAGGCACACAAUCACCAGCUGACAGAGUCGAUUGCUCAGCUGCAGACAGAGAGAGACUGCUAUGCAGUCCAGAUCCAGGAGGAGGGCCGUGUAUGGAAGGACAAAACAGAACAGCUGCUAACGCAGGUGUCUUUGGUUGCAGAGGAGAGGGACAGAAACAUCAGCCGAGUCCAAGAACUGGAGGCCAGCAUCACAGAGCUAAAAAAUGCUGCUGUGUUAUUGUCCCAGGAGAGAGAGGCUCGAGAUGUUGCAGUGCCUCAGCCCUCAGGACCAUCAGAGAGUGAGGUGGCUCUGCAGGAGGCCCUCAACACGCUCCAACAGGAGAAAGACACUCUUACUGCACAGUACCAGGCACAGCUGCGAGAUAACGAGCAGCUGAGCCGCAUGUGUUCAGAGCAGGAGAAGCGUCUGGGGGAGCUGGAGCGGCAGGUGGACAGCCAAGUCCAAGAGGAAGAGGACCGCCGGCGCAUGUUGGAGGAUGUUCAGUCAGACAAGGCCACUAUUAGCCGUGCUCUCACCCAGAACCGUACACUGAAGGACCAGCUGGCUGAGCUACAGAACGGUUUUGUCAAACUGACUAAUGAGAACAUGGAGCUGACCACUGCCAUCCAGUCAGAGCAACAUGUGAAAAAGGAGUUGGCUCGCAGAAUGGGUGAACUGCAAGAGGAACUGCACAACAUCAAGGAGCAGCUGGAACUGAAAAGUAAAGAGACUCAGGGUCUGAUGGAGCAGAGAGACCAGGUAGUGGCCCACCUGCAGCAGUACUGUGCUGGCUACCAGACCCUGGCCUCAGAGAGGGAACAGCUGCACCACCAGUAUCUGCAGCAGAUCCAGCUCAUGGACCGGCUGCAGCAUGAUGAAAGCCAGGGCCGCAUGCAACUGGAGAUCAGUCACAAUCAGCUCAAACAAGCGCAGGAGCAUUUGGAGCUGUUGGCCAGAGACAAUGAGCAGCUCAAGGCUGAGGUGAAGGAGCUGCUCAACAGCUCAGCUCUUGCCCCUUCAUCCAGAGACCAAGGCGAUGGAGUGGAAAGCCAGUCUCUGCAGGAGAGCCCAAAGAAGUCCUCCUCCAUAGUUAUCCCAGAAGACUUUGAGAGCCAGAAGGAGAUGGAGGAGUUUAUCCGAGGAGCUUUGACUCAGUUGGAGGCGGAGAGGGACGAGGCCAGAAGGCAACUGGAAGAAGAGCACAGGCUCCACAUGGCAGCCCGGCACCAGGCCGCUGUGGCCCUCAGCCUUGAGCACCAACACCACAGCCACAAACCUGUUCAUGACCAUCAUCACGAGCAUCACGAGCAUGAUCACACUCAGGGCCAACAUAGUCACUGUGAACACAGUCAUGAGCAUUCAGAAAGAGGAGUACCGGUGGAAGUUCAUCAGGCCCUGCAAGCUGCCAUGGAGAAGCUUCAGCAGCGUUUCACCUCCCUCAUGCAAGAGAAAGCUGACCUGAAGGAGAGAGUGGAGGAGCUGGAGCACCGCUGCAUCCAGCUGUCUGGAGAGACCGACACUAUAGGGGAGUACAUCGCCCUGUAUCAGAGUCAGCGAGCCAUUAUGAAGCAGAAACACCAGGAGAAGGAGCAGUACAUCAGCAUGCUGGCCCAGGACAAGGAGGAGAUGAAGGCGAAGCUGGCAGAGCUACAGGAUCUGGUGAUGAGGCUGGUGGCUGAGAGGAACGACUGGUACAGCCGCUACACUGGAGCUGUAGCCAGCGCGGGCAAAGUGAACCCCGACCUGCUUCCUGUUGGGGAGGAUCACAUUCACCCAGAGCACCAAGCACAUACACACACAGAGUUUAAUGCUGUCAGUGGAGCAGAAGCCAUGGAGGUCAUUCCUCUGUCAGAGCCCACCACAGGCCUGGAAGCACCCUCGUCCCACACACAUUCAACCGGCUCAGCCCAGACUGACUCCAAACCCCUUGGGCCCAAAGAGGACGGCACAGCCCAGCAGAUCAUGCAGCUGCUCCAUGAGAUCCAGAACCCCCAGGGAGCGCUGAGAUCACCCCCCUUCCUCGGAGAGAACCCCUGCAUCCCCUUCUUCUACCGGCCUGACGACCAGGACGAAGUCAAGAUCCUGGUGGUGUGAGGUGUGGGUGUGACAGAGGCUGGAGUGUGUGUGUGAGUGAGAGAGAUAUUGGAUAUGUCUUGAAAUCUGGCGAAUAUUAAACACCACAGUUUACCAUGUUUGUAGCUUAUUUAUCAUAUUCACAAACACUUCUCAAGAAAUGUGACGCCCUGCAACACUGGUCACAGAUAUGUGAAUGUUUUUGACCCAAUUACAUUAAAAUGCCCCCUCUCUGUUCUGUGUGUUGGCACUAAUGUGUGCAUGUUUAAAAAGAGUAUUUUCUAGUUGUUGUUUUUAUGUUUAUUGGGGGUUUUUGGUUGUUGUUUUUUUUUUUUUGUCUGAUGCUCUUCCCAGAGAAGAGAUAAUCAGUAUUCCUUAACACAAUCUGAUUAUACUCCUUUCCACAAUUUUUUAUUCCCAUCCUUCCUCUCGUCUCACACAUAAGUGCAAUAAAGGGGCUGCAUAUUCUGCCCCCUUGCUGAUACAGUACUUAAAGAGUUGUCAGAAAUUAGCAGCCUGUUUGUGUGCAACUUUAUUUUAGUGCAAAUGCCAAAAACAGAGCAUCACAUUGGAAUGUAAUAACCUGAGUAUUUACCUGUAUGUUUGUGUAAUGAUGAAAUAUGAGGAGAACUGAUAAUGGUGAAAGGGUGCAAGAGGAGAAGAGAUGCAGCGUGAGAUGUAAGUUAAAGUCAAUAAAGAAACUUAGUGCACAUAAUAGCUUAAAAAAAGUAUAAAAGUAUAGGCGCUGUUCAGUUUCAAAGUCAAGAGCUCGCUAGUUACAUGAUCAGGUUCAGGAAGACGGAGGCAGGUGUUGCAGAUUGGUACUGUUCCUAAAACUACCUUUUCUCUACAUUGUCUUUUCCCCUCCAAACACUGAAAAUAAGUCAUAUGUUUGUGCAGUGCGAAAUGUUAAUACGUGAAACGUUUGUGUUGUUAUGUUGUCAAACAUCCUGUUAGACUGAGAGAAGUCACCAUGGUUACAAAAAGGUGGUUUCUAAGUCAUCGAGGGGAUAGAUGCAAUUGAAAGACCCAUGAAGAAAACAAUUAUAUUAGUCAAAGUUAUUAAGGCAUUAUUUUCUCAGUAGUUGCUGAAACAGUGGAGAAGGGCGUCUUCUUCGAAGUGUAAUUCAGACUAAUUAUGGAGCUUGGGGUGCUGUGCUAGGGGCCAUGUUAUUAUUUUCUGCAAGUCAUUCAACUUUUAUCUUUGCCAUUAGCAUGAUGGAUACUAAGGCACAGUGACUGGAGGAAAGUACAGGAAGUAUGGUUUUAAAAGCUCGAACUAAACUCAUAAUAUUCAAAUAUUCUGUAAUCAGUCAUCACUCAAGUCAUGAAAAUAUAUAUAUUUUUCCUCCUCAGAGCUGCUCAUCCAUAAAGGAGCUCAAACUUCUAUUUCAUGGGGUCUUUAAGUUUUUAAUGAAUUGACACUAUUAAUAAGAGCCAGUUCUUUUCUGUUACAUUUGCUUGUAGUCCUGCAUAUCAAAGAUGAAUUCAUACAUAUCCUUUACAACUGGACUGUGUGAGUGUAGGUGAUGCGUGUGUGUGUAAUCCAGACUGUUUCCUCUUCAGCCGAAGUUGCAUCUGUUGUACUUUUUUUGUAUAGUUCUAUCACAUUAUAUAAGUAUGAUUGCACUAAAACUGUACAAAGCUUCUUGUUCAGCUCUGUCCUCUCUGGCUGGUUGGACAGUGACGUUUCUACCAUAGAGCCUCUUAGCUGGCUUAAUAAUUUAUGUGGAGAAAAAAGGGGAAUCCAAUGAAGCCACACUCUUAAGCUGAGGUUUCCAAUUGAAGCAAAUUAAUUUAAUUGAAAGUGUGUUGGGGUGUGUGUGUAGUGUUACACUCAGAGGAUGAAGGAGGAAGGUGUGUAAAUAUGAGUAGAAGGUGAAAUUAAUGAGAUUGCUCACUUCAAGAAGUUCUGAUGUUAUUCCCAAAAGUGUGGGACCAAUCAGAAUGUGAGAAAAUUAACAACUCUUUCCAAAACUGGAGAACGAAACUAGUCAAAUUUUGUUAUGUUCAUAUUUUGUAUUCUUGUAUUGGCUAACAACACUUCUCCUUCGGGCAUUAAAAACAGUCAAUUAGAUGGGAUCCCAACAUCUGGACCUACUUGAUACUUUUUCUUAAACACAUCACAGCUGUCUAGCUUUAAGAGAGAAGAUCAUAUUUACAAAUGUAGAUUGGAGGAUGGAUUCAUUGACAUCUUCAGUGUAGAACUCUUUCCCAUUACAACUAAUAUCCAAGAGCUAUGCUAUCACAGCUCAUUUUUUCCAUUUUAGAUCAAAUCAUGGCAUAGGCCUCUGUUUUGUGAGAGUCUUUCCAUGAUUUUAAUAUGCAAGGACAUGAGGGUCUCACUGCAAGUCAUACAUAAAUCCCACUGACUACUUUAGAGGUAUUUUUACCCUCUUAUCCUGAUGUCUUUGAAUUUUAACAUCCUCUCUGUUGUGUUUACUUUGAGGUAGAGUACACAUCUGUUCAAUUAUUAAAUUGGACACUUGAUAUUUAUCACUAAAAGCAGCAGGACAGAAAUCAUUAGUGCGAAUUCUGGUAUUUUAAGCCUAUUAUAGGAAACAACAUGUAAUUAACAUAUAUAAGGUAUAUGGAGGCCAUAUGUAUUUGGUGUUUUUUUACAGGGAAAGUAAAACAGCACUGCAUCUACCUUAAACCACAGCACUUUGUUAGUAAGUGCUGGGGUUGCUGUCAUUCUUGAUUUUAAAAUUCCUCGCUUUGUAGCAUUCUGUCACUUUUUGGUUUCCUUUGAAACAUGCCACAAAGUAUGAUUUAGUUUUUUUCCAUCAUUUUGUUUUUGGGAGUGGUCAGACCUAGAGGUAAAUGUACAAUAAAAUCCUUUUAGUGUUCUUUCGGGGCUUGCAAAAUAAAACAAUGUGGAUAAAAUUACUUCCCACACUUUUUAAUUCACUGUUAAAUAUGUUAUGCGUGAUUGAAACAAAUAGCAAUGAAAAAGCAUUUAUUGUCUUUACUGUAAAAGAGGUGGUGUGUAUAUACUGUAACUGUGUAACAUAUUGUAUAUUCAUUAUGCCUGGUGUGUGGGGGGGAAAGCUGCUCUGCCAUGUUUACUGGCAGGGUGGACUGUGUGUAUGUCUGUUAGUUCAGAGUCGGGGCGUUGGCGGUUACUGACUGGCUGUGAUUUAAUACAAAGAUUGACUAAAAAAAGAGAAAAUAUUCUAUUUAUUUGGAAUAAGUUAGUAUCUCAACUAAUCAGUUUAAAUGUAAAAUAGAAGUGACUGUUGGAUGGAAAUGAAGGAUCAUUAAGAGAACUGAUUUGUUCGAGGGCUGCUUCUGAAAGAAGCUUUCAGAUUUUUUUUUCUUCCUUGAGUAAUAUUUUCUCCCCUUCUCCUGAAUAAAACUGAUUAAGCAA